CACACCGCGGCGUUAAAGGGCGGUUGGUUCAUAAUAGACGUUACUCUGAUGGGUCGUUCUCGUAGUCGGUCACUUUCGAGUGGUCAUAGGACUAAGCAUAGGCGAUACAGAAGUCGCUCAAGAGAUAAAGUGAAAGAGCGCGAUAGGUACCGGGAUAAAGAACGAGAUAGAAUAAGAUCAAGUCGAAACGAAAGGUCAUAUCGUGAUCACCAUCGUCAUGAAAGACGACGCAGGAAAAGGACCUCGUCACCCUCAAGCUAUGAUAGUGAAGUGGAAAGACGGAACCGAAAGUCGAGAAUGAAGGAGAUAGACAGAAAAAUAGAAGAGGCACGCAGGAGAGAAGAGACUGAAAAACGCGCUCAAGAGCAAAGGGAAAGAGAGCGACGACUGCAGGAGGAACGUGAACGAGAGGCGGAGCAGGCUAGGCAGCUUGAGGCUCGAGUCAAGGAAGCUUUUGAAGCAGCUUUAGUAGACAGAGCCGAAGAUCUCCAGGCUGAGUUAGAAAGAAGAUAUCAAGCAGAAAUCGAUAAGAAGGUCAAACAAAGGCUUGAUGAUAUUGAACGCGAAUACCAAAGCAAACUGGAGGAACAGAAGCGCAUAGAGGAAGAGGAAAAACGUAAACAAGCGGAACUGGACAAAAUACUGGAAGAAAACAAUCGUAAACUUAUGGAAGCAAGACGCAGAGAGGAAUAUUAUAUGCAGCCUCUUUCGGGAUCUGCAAUGUGACAAUGCCAGCAAAACGUUGUAUAUAAAAAUUUUAAGAUUUUAUGCUUCUGUUGAAUCAUUUUCUUUUAUGCGGUAAACGAGUUUGUCAAAGUUAUCAACGCUACCAAAUGUCAUGUGUUUCGUUUUUAUAUCGACAAAAGUAUCAUGUAUAUAUAUUUUCUUCUUAUUACUUCACUUUAACUGGCUGAAAUAAAAAAAAAAGAAUUCGCCUUCGGGAUAAUGUGAAUGUAUAUUUGCUCAUUUUUAUAGUUUCAUCACUUUGCAUAAAUGACUAUGUUUGUAAUUUUAAUUUUUUCAUCUAAAUGAAGCUUUUUUCCUUUGCAUUCCGAGUGGGACAUAGAGCUUUAACAUUAAGCUUUGAACUCUCAGUAGCAAUGGUUUAAUUUUUACGCUGUGGAUCUAAUAUCCUCACGCUCAACCUUCACUCUAGCGGCUAAGCGAGGUUUACGAGUGCCUCCACCGGGACUGCAACCUCAGAACACGU